AUGUCUCAGAGCAGCACAGUGCACGCCGUAACGUACUGUACACACUCUUCACUAGAGUGGCAAGGUGGGUCAGGAUGGCCCGCUUUUCCGUUGAGUGACGGCGUGACUGCGCGCCAUUUCCGUGCGGCAAGUGCCACUGUAGACGUCGCGUUCAGUGCACGCAGGCAGAAGCAUCUCACCAGCGUCGUGGCGACUUUCAUCCAAUGCAUCAUUUUCUGUCUUCGAGAGAUCUGCAGACCAGACCUUACUUGCUACGACGUGAACUUCUCACAAGACCUUUCGACUGCCACUGUCAAGGGCCCUGCUCAGCAGCCAUGA